UGACAAAAGGGGCUUUUCUUGAAGCGUUUUCUAAUCCUUGUGGGGCUCACGCGCCUCUCCUGCCCUUCCUGGCGUGAGGGGCAAAAGGGGCCUUCCAAAGGCAUGUCGGGAGAGCCCACCCAUAACGGAGGAACGAGCCUGCCUAGUGCUGAUAAUCCGCCUGGCUGGGGAUAGACCGCAGGAAGAGUCGGCUCCGCUUUACCGGAGGGCGUCUGCAUUUUUUUUCAGUUCUAAGGGCGCGAAGCUUUCCCUCAGGCCGUAGUGAGAACCCAGGCAUGCUAGUGAGUGUGUGAGUGCGCGCGCAUGUAAUACACAGGACUCCUUACGUACAUUUCCACCCAGGUCAAGGUAAGAGCAAGCACCUCCACUAAACCGCCUCACAGUUCACCCCGCCCAGGCGGUGGCAACAGGCAGCCCUGACCGUCCCACACGCUGGCACACAGCGGGGCGGGCGUUCCGCUCCUAAAUAGCGUUGCGCGCACUCGGGGCUGCGGUGCCGUCCCGAGACGGUCGCAGAGCACGGGCUGAAAGGAGGAAGAAAAGCGCGGGCGCUCCGCGACGUGGCGCCGAAGGUGGCCCCUUGCGCCGGCCAGCGAGCUGAGCAGCUUGCCAGGCGAGGACCGCGCGCGCCACAUGGAGGAGCAGAUGGACUGAACGAGUCUCGUUUCGUCUCUGAGGCGGGAAAAAACGAGAGCGCUCCGCUUAACUGCUGUCGCCGCCGCCGCCGCCGCCGCCACCACCUGAAAAACGCUCCGCAUGCGCUGCUGGGUGAGGCGAGUGGGGGAGCACAAGGGCACCAAAUUCAAACCGUGGAAGGCGAAAGGAAAGGAGGGAACGCCAGCUCGAGGAGAAGCCACAAGGAGGUGGAGACGACGGCGGUGGGAGGAGAGCAAAAGUGCGAAGAAAAUAAAAAUACGGGCCCCCCGGGGAGGAGAGGGAGGAGGAAGGGGUGGGAAGCAGAGGCAGGGGAAGAAGGAAAGCUAGGGAGCGAGGGAAGGUCCCUGCCAUUCUCUCCAGAGGGAGCUCGUGGCUCUUCCGUGCUGCCUUCGCUUCUGAGUCUCCCGCCCAGGCGCAUCCCCAAACCCAGCUUCCACCUUUCACUGUAGCUGAGCGUCCCCCACUGGGCACCGCCAUGGUAGACAGGGGUCCCCUGCUGACGUCCGCCAUCAUCUUCUACCUAUCCAUCGGGGCAGCUAUCUUUGAAGUCUUGGAGGAGCCUUACUGGCGAGCCGCGUCGGAGGGCUACAAGCAGAAGAAGACGAAGCUCCUCGAGGAAUUUCCCUGCCUGGGCCAGGAAGGGCUGGAUAAAAUCCUGCAGGUGGUAUCAGAGGCUGCUGGACAAGGGGUUUCUAUUGAUGCCAAUGAUACUUUCAACUACUGGAACUGGCCUAACGCAGUCAUCUUUGCUGCUACUGUGAUUACAACUAUUGGAUAUGGAAAUGUUGCUCCAAAGACAUCAGCUGGACGGCUUUUUUGUAUAUUUUAUGGACUAUUUGGUGUUCCUCUUUGCCUAACGUGGAUCAGUGCUUUGGGGAAGUUUUUUGGUGGACGUGCCAAGAGACUGGGCCAGUUUCUAACAAAAAGAGGAGUAAGCCUGAGAAAGGCACAAAUUACGUGCACAGCUAUUUUCAUCAUAUGGGGAGUCCUUGUUCACCUAGUCCUUCCUCCUUUUGUGUUUAUGGUGACUGAAGGCUGGGAUUAUAUUGAAGGGCUCUACUUCUCCUUCAUCACCAUUUCCACCAUUGGAUUUGGAGACUUUGUAGCUGGUGUGAAUCCAAACAUGGAUUACCAUUCCCUCUACAGGUACUUUGUGGAGCUAUGGAUCUAUUUGGGCCUAGCCUGGCUUUCCCUGUUUGUCAACUGGAAGGUCAGCAUGUUUGUAGAGGUUCACAAAGCAAUCAAGAAGCGGAGAAAAAAAAGAAAGGAGUCCUUUGAAAACCACCCUCCUCCCAAAAAAGCACUUCAGAUAUCGAACCACAAAGAUGUGAACAUUUUCAGCUUCCUUUCUAAGAAGGAAGAGACUUACAAUGAUCUCAUCAAGCAGAUUGGAAAGAAGGCUCUGAAAACAGGCAGUGACAAAAUCUUAAACUCAGAGCAAGGCAAGCCAAACUUGCAGCAUUCUGGCAAAGAACUGCAGGUGAUAUACUCAAGGAACCAUUUGUUUGACUAUGGCGAGGUUUCCCUUGGACUCCAAAAUUAUCAUGUUAUGAAGCACCUGGCAGACAAACGUGUUGGUGAUAGCUCAAUUGAGGGCAAUGUAUUUGUAAACCAGCUGGACCGGAUCAGUGAGGAAGAAGGGGAAGCAUGGGACUCCAGAGACUAUCGACCCCUUAUAUUUGAGAAUGCUAAUAUAACAUUUGUAAAUGAGGAUGAGGAUAUUUCAGAUGAUGAAGAAACUUCCAAAUCCUCUAUGGACGACAAUCUUCCAGAGGAACCUGAAAGCCCCCAAAAACUGGUGAAAUUUCCAUCUUCUGAUGAAUCUACCUUCACCAGUAAUGAACUGGAGAUAUCUGUGCCUUAUGAGCAGCUAAUGAAUGAUUACAACACAGUAAAUACUGCAAAUGCAGAGACUUGAAGAAAGGUAUAUUAUGCUAAUGGUUUCUAGAGGAUCAUUUAAUGCAGAUUUUGAGCAGAUAAAUGUAAGCGAGGAAAGGAGGAACUUCAGAACUGCCAUUUUCCACUGUUGUCUUCAGUCUGCAAACUGAACACAUUCAAUGCCUGGAUGUUGUAGGCAAUUGUGUUACUUAGUUUUACUUACUGUGAAGUAACAGUUCUUAACAAACUGAGGGUUUCUUUGGGGGAGUUAGAGGUUGUUGAAAUCAGGAAGAAAAGCCUAGAAUUACAGGUCUGAUUCAGUAUUGGUUUCUUUUAAUUUUUUAAAUUUUUUUUAAUGAAGUUCUGUGAUUGCAGUCAAGAUGGUUUGAGUUGAUUGCAGGACAUGGCUGGUUACUGCACUGAUCCUUCACAUCUGAAGAACUGAACUGAAACCAUGCUAAGGUGCAGAGAAGAAAAUGUUAGUGGGUUUACCAUGGUCACAUAGUGAAGCUCUCUUUUCAUUCUUAUAAGGGAUGCUUUGAGCUGAGAAUGCUAAGUAUUUUGAACAUCAGAAUUGAACUGUGUUGUCAAUACUGGUUAGGGGACUUGAAAAUUAUCUGCUCAAGUUAUACCAGCUCUAUUUAGCUGCGGGCUGAAAGUUCUUGAACAAAAACCCAGAACACAGAACUGAUUUUUUUUAUCAGUGUACCUUUUGUUACACAAACAUACACAGACAAAAACAAUUUUAAAUUUAAUUUUAAAUAUUUUGAUGAUUAUGAAGAGCACACCUGUUUAACACCCAAAAUUUAGUAAUGCAGAAUACUGCAAGAUGAUGUGGAGGAUAGAUUUUAAAAUGAAGAAAAGCACACUAACAACCUUGUGGUCUGUUCUGGAAGUAUCUUUCCACUGUCCAGACUCUCGAUGAAAUACUUGAAUACAUUUCAUGUGCAGAAGAAGUCUCUAAGUAAUGCUGCCCUUUUGAAUGGCAGUGUGUUUCAAGAUAGCAAAACAGCAUGAAUGAGUGUUCAUCUUGAAGGAUCCCAAAGCUGCUUUGUUCCUUCUUAUAUUUUGUGGCUCUACUAAAUACUAGAGUCUUCUUCUAGAAAUUCUCUAGUUUUCCACUCCAGUUGGUACUCUCAGUAGUUAAUACUAUUUGGGUACGAUCGCAAGCUUUUCUAUACAUUUCUGCUGCAGGUAUUUUAAAUGCCUUUCUAAGUAAAAUGAAAAUAUUAUUUUUACUAAACUCCUAUGUGGACAUGUGAAGAAUGUGAGAAGGCUUACAAAAACAGCAGACUUCAGAUAUCAAAGUGAUGAGCUUCAACUAACAUGAGGGUUUGCAUUAGCAAACAUAUUGACUCCAUGGUUGAUGUUAGUCUUACGAAGCAACAAAGUACUUAUGCUUUUAAGCUGUUGGGAGUAUAGCAGUAACAUUGAACAAAGGAUUCUAGCAGCAUAAACUUUUGCUGCUAGAUUCUUUGUGAAUCUUUAAUGGUAUCUUGCACUUCCUGUUGUUUCGAUCUGAAAUGGAAGAAUCUGUGGGCACUGAAUGCGUGGGGGUGGGGGAUUACGCUAUAGCAUGGUUAAGAAAAGUUAAAUGGAAUUUUUCAAUACUAAUCUUGAAUGAUUAGGUACUCUCAAAAUUGCUCAGUGACUACUGCUUGGUGGGAGUGGUAGUAUACUGUUCCCUUCAUUAAAACUUCUCUUUAUCAAUCAUACACUCUUAUUAGAAACUCUUUUGAAGGUUAGCUUGAAGGCAUUUGUUGUAAAAGAUGGUCUUUCUUCAUUUCUGGCUUGAAAUUUGUAUUGUUUGUGCAAAAACGUUUGCAAGCAAACCCAAUUGAAAAAAAAGUCAAUGAUGUUUUAUUAUAUUUUUCUUGAAGGGAUGUUACAACUUUAUAAGAUUUUAUACUAUUAGCAAGUAUGUGUUAUGACUUUAGCCAUGGCUGAGAGCCCAGGAGGCCACUGAUCUUUCUUGUGUAGAUUAGAUGGCUCACGAAAAAGUGAAGAUGACUUCAUGAAGAUGCUGCUAUCUUCUGGUGUGUCUUACAUGAAUAAAUGGUUAAAAGCUUUCUAGCCACACUAAAAGAGAAGUAAAAAUGAGGCACAACAUGAAUGUUUGAUUCCUCUUCUGUUUCAAGUAUGGCAUAGGAUCAGUAAAGAGAUUGUGUGUGAGUUUCUCAAUACAUUGUUGCAUUGCCUAGCUCAAGUGCUGGAUUGCACAGAUUGGCAGAUAUGACUUAAAACUGAGUACCCUCUUUGUUAAACCUCAUAUUUCAGUCAACAUGUGAGAAUUAGCUCAUGUGACCUAUCAAAAAUACAGCUUUGGUGCUGCUUUUUAGACAAGAGUGUUUCAAACCUUCGUAAGGGAUUGGUCCUGUUCUUGGUCCAUAAAUUCUUCUCAAGAAAACAAGGUCAUAUGUUCCUUGACGUACGUUGAUGCAAAUUUCACAAAUAUAAGCACAAGCUGUAGUGUUUUCUGGUUUUCAUACUCUACCCGGUGCUUAGAGAAAGUCCUACUAAAAUUGGGGAAGACUUAUUUACAUAAGUACUAAUAGAAUUUCUGAAUUCUGAACAGUUGUACCACAAGGUGUUACCUUUUAUGCUUGAGAGAACUUUACACAGUGUUCAUUAAAUAAUGGAGCCAUCUUAGAGAACUCUCUGCCUUAGCACCCUACAGAUCAAAGAUAUUGUCUUCCUUGUGUUGAGGGAAGCUUCAGUCCUCAGUAAACAUUUUCUCAGACUUUUAAGUCUAGUGGGGUAAGUACUGUACUGAAAGUAAACCUAGAUUGCUGCAGAGGUUUCACCAGCAUGUGAAGUGCCUUUGACUAGUUUGCCUUCUCAGUUACACAUUGGGAGGUAUUUGUAUAAUAUGAAACAGAACUGGUUUGGGGACCACUUGUCUUUACUUUUAAAAAUGUUUAGAAAAUUGCAGAGUAAUAAUCUCUACUCUGUAUUCAAGUUAAACAAUUUAGUUGCCGGGGGGCAGGGAGAGAUGGCUGCUGAUUUCCAAAAGGACCUCAUCACCAAAAGUACUUGCAUGUUUUAGAGAAAAAGGAAGUAUUCUCUAACCAAUAUCUACAAGAAUGUAGAUCAUAAAAAAAUUAGUAAUGCUGCUUUUCCUUGCUUCUUGGUGGCCCACCCAGUUUAUUGAAUCACAAAAACCUAGCAUACUGCUAGUGGCUGCUGAACUUUAGGCUAUUGCUGGGGGAAAAUAUAAUUCCAAGAAUUGGACCAAAAAUUCAAACAGCUUGACUUCUUUUCACUCAGUAGAAUGCAGAAUUCUCAUAUGACCAUAAUUAGCCAGACAUGAGGCCAUUCCAAGGGCUCAGACUGUAUAUUCAGAAAUCUUACAGUAAGGUUAUGAUCAGAUAGGAAUUUACUCUUGAAAAUACAGGGCUGGUCUCACCAUACACCUACAAUUUUGCUGCUUGAUUUCUGUGUAUAUUCAGUACAAAACUGAUCCACAAAUAUUUAUUUUCUGCAGUGAGAUUAUGAAGAAAUAUAUAAUUCCACCUUUCCUUUUAAAACAAGAUACUCGGUUAAUUUGGCACAAUUAUGAAACCCGUAUAGUGGUCCAAAACUAUUCAAUAGGAUUUUUAAAAGUGCCUUCUUACUAUGGAGCUAUUAUUCACACAAAUGCUGGCAAUGGAUGUUCCAAAAUAUUAAACAAAAACCUUAAUUUACUGUCGUGUCAUUAUCCUGAAUAGUGUUUGACUCAUCCUGCUAGUUUAUUGGAAUCAUACAGAUUAAACUACACCAGCAUCUUUUCUGAAAGUAGAAGCAAAAGAGCAAUACAUGACUCUGUUGAUCUUAAAAAGUUGCCUAGCAUCUUGAUUCAUCUUUAGUUUUCAUGCCUUCGGUGCUGCACUGAACUUUUAAAACGAGGGUGGCUGUCUUUCAUAUGGUUCCUGAAGUAUGUACAGUCUGGAUGAUCUCAUCUCUGCCACUCCAUCAUGGGACAGAUAGAACUGUUCUUUUGUUGUUGUUGUUGUUCUUGAUUUGCGUCACUGGAAUCACUGUAUGUAAAUAUUACUUUGUAAAAUGUAAUUUAUUUCAACUUUUUUUCCCAAUAAAAAAGUGGACUUUUUUUAACAAAA